ACGUUCCGCCCCGGCGCCAGGCGGGGCGACUUCCGGGUGCGCGGGAAGCGGCGGGGUCCCGGCGCAGUCCCCGCCCGUCGCCAUGGCCCGCAAGAAGCUGCACCGGCCCAUCGCCGCUAUGGCCAAGAAGGUCCGCGAGUACCGGGCGCUGAAGAACCGGCCGCGGGAGUCGCAGCGCUUCGCCCUGGACUACGAGACCAUGCGGCGGCCCCUGACGCAGAAGCGGCUGCCGGUGCGGGCCUGGGAGGACGUGCGGAGCGAGAACCGGCUCUUCGCGCUGCUCUGCCGCCUGCCGCGCUUCGGCGUGGGCCGCACCGUCACCCGCAAGUCCUGGCUGUGGGAGCACGACGAGCCCUGCUACUGGGUCAUCACCAAGGUGAAGGCGGACUACACGGCCGAGAACAUGGAUCACGGGAGAGCUUGGGGCUACCUGACCUUCAGAGGCCAAACCAAAGAAGAAGUGAGAGAGAUCGACAAAGUCAUGUACCAUGACUGGCGUAUGGUGCCCAAGCACGAGGAGGAGGCCUUCAAGAAAUUCACCUCAGUGCCAAAGGAGACCAUUCGGUACCUUCCGUACCCGCCUUUGCUGCGAGCGAUGAUCCUUGCGCAGUGGCAGAAAGAGGGAAAACCAAUCACAGAGGAGCCAAUGAUUGAUCUGGAGAAGGUAGUGUCCCCUCCCCUUCAGGGCGCAAAGAAAAAGGCUGCAGGGACACCAGUAUAAAGACUUCUCCUGUGUCCUGAGCUUUCCACGUGCUCUCACUGUGUUAGAAGCACGUCGUCUUACAGAAGAACCCCUUGUCCACUGUGGUAUGGUGUAUCCAGGUUUCCUAGCUUUUCCCCCAGCCCUAUACAGUCACCUCUUCUGAAAGGAAAGAUGCAGAUGCAUUCAGAUUUUUUUUUCCAUAACUUUCGUCCCAGUCAGCAGAGGAACCUUCUUAGUUCCCUGUAUAGUCCCUGAAUGUAUAGCUCCUGUCAUUCAGCUACAAGUCUUUGGAGCACAAUUUCCUUUAUAGACUGAAAACUAGGUUUUUAAGAACAUUUUUCAGAUAAAUCACAGAAAAAUUACUGAGAAUAUCAUGUUAUUUCACAGAGCUGUGUACAAAUGUAUCUACUAACAAAAAUAAAUGUUUUCUAACCUCUGCA